AUGAUCACAACAACUAUAGUCAAUGGGCACAAGCCCAACAAUUACUCGGUAUAUAGGUCCAACAGCUUUAUAGUCAAAAGACCCAACAACAGCAUAUUUAAUAGGCCCAACAACAGUAUAUUUAAUAGGCCCAACAACAGCAUAUUUAAUAGGCCCAAUCGCAGUAUAGUUAAUAGGCCCAACAACAGUAUAGUUAAUAGGCCCAACAACAGCAUAGUUAAUAGGCCAAACAACAGCAUAGUUAAUAGGCACAACAACAGUAUAGUUAAUAGGCCCAACAACAGCAUAGUUAAUAGGCCCAACAACAGUAUAGUUAAUAGGCACAACAACAGCAUAGUUAAUAGGCCCAACACAGGAUAG